CUGAGAGAUCGUCUCUGAGGACAACAAAACAACUCUGUCUCUGAAGACUGGGGGCAUUUUGAAAUGGUAGACGCGUCGGCGGCUCACCGCGAGGAGGAGCGCCGCCACUCCCACGAGUCCCUGGAGCUGCUCCUGGCCGGCGGCCACGCCAAGCCGUGCAGAGCCGCGUCGUACGGCGUGCUGUGGUACUUUCCCAAGUGCGCGGGCUCGCCGCGGAAGAGGGACCCGCCGCUGGCGCCCGCCAGACACCCGGCGCCGAGCUUGUCGAUGCCGAGGGCUGCUGCGACGUCCUCCGGCAGCUGCGCGAGCGAGCCGCCGUAGCAGGCGGGGAGGGAGGAGGGCGGCGCGAGGGAGAGGGGUAGCCCCUCGGAGCGGGCCGGCGUGGCGAGCCGGAUCCGCUCCUGGAUCGCCUUUGAGAGGAGCGGCCGGAUGAGCUCGU